AAGGGUUUGGACGGUUCAGCUGCAGAGAGAAGAGGGACAGAACCGGGACCGACCGAGCUGACUCAACGGACCGAGCUCAGGCGAGGAGUUCUGUUGCACGAAGGGAUACGGACAUACUUUAGCACGACAAAGACAGGAUGAUGCAUUCGUUGUGGGUGUGUCUCGUUCUCUGCGUCGUUGUCGGCAGCAGUAAACCAACAGAGAAGAAGAGUCGAGUUCACGAAGAUGAGCCUCUGAGCCGCCUCGAACACGACGACAACAAAAACUUUGACUAUGACCACGAAGCGUUUCUGGGCCAAGAGGAGGCCAAAACCUUCGACCAGCUCCCCGUGGAGGAGAGUAAGCGGAGGCUCAGCAUCAUGGUGGAUCAGAUGGACAAAAACAAAGACGGGUUUAUCUCUGAGGACGAGCUGAAGCGCUGGAUUAAAGACGCUCAGCAGAAGCACAUUUACGAAAGCGUGGAGCGUCAGUGGAGCGACUUCGACAUGAACAACGAUGGCCUGAUCAGCUGGGGGGAGUACAGGAACGUCACGUAUGGAACUUACCUGGACGACCCUCAGGCCGACUCCGAGUAUAACUACAUGUCCAUGAUGGCGAGAGAUGAGAGACGAUUCAAAGUUGCAGACACCAACGGAGAUCUGAUUGCAGACAAACGCGAGUUCACGGCGUUCCUCCAUCCUGAGGAUUACGAGCAUAUGAAGGACGUCGUGGUGCAGGAAACAAUUGAGGAUAUUGACAAGGAUGGAGAUGGUUUCAUCGACCUGAAGGAGUACAUCGGUGACAUGUACCAAGCAGAGGAAGGGGUGGAGGAUCCAGAGUGGGUGGAAUCAGAGCGUCAGCAGUUUGCAGAGUUCAGAGACAAAAACAAAGAUGGGAAGAUGGACAAAGAGGAAACCCUGGAUUGGAUCCUCCCGUCAGAUUACGACCAUGCUGAAGCCGAGGCCAAACACCUGCUGCACGAGUCAGACGCCGACCAGGAUGGGAAACUGACCAAACAGGAGAUCCUGGAUAAAUUUGACGUGUUUGUCGGCAGUCAGGUGACGGACUUUGGGGAGGCAUUGCUACGACACGAUGAGUUCUAGAGCUGCCAAUUUUUCGAUGAAGAAAAUCUGAUUUUUUUAUAGUUAUUUAUUCCAAAGAAAUGUUGUCCCCCCUGUCCUGAGAGAAAUUUGGAGUUACAUUAGGACCAAAAAAAUGCUUGAACUUUGUAUCUUUGUAUUUUUAUCCCUCAGACUUUAUAUUCACUCUGUCCUUCAUACCAAGUUUGUGUCUUGUUGGUGAUUUCACGGCAAGCCACCGUUUCUACAGGGUCUGUCUGUGUAGCAUUUCAUCUGUGAUGAAAUCUCUGGAGCAAACUGCAGUCUUUGAAGACGAAAAUCAAUAGGAAAUCAAACAGGCCAAGUAACGCUCUGUUUCUGUGUUGUUCUCUUUAUACCCUUGAACCUGUGAAGUCGUCAUCCAGCUAUUCUGUGCUUUUCUUAAAAGAGGAACCAAGGGAGGAAGGGCACAUGUUGUUGGAAUGAACCGACACAGACCUUGUGGAAAUUACCAAGACAGUCUGGCUGCAGACAACAGUUCUUAGACACUCCCACUUGCAGACCACUACUGUGAGACACAGCCUCUGUCAGGACAGGAAUGCAUGCUAAAACUUUCAAACAAAAUCAUUUUGACUUCCAGUCACAGUCAAGUUAAGGGUUAGUAGAGGUUGGGAUACCAAAAGUUAAAAGUCAAAAACCUAACCAACAAAUCCUGAUCACUUAAAUAAAGCCCUGUAAACAUUUUGAUUGCAUGAAAGAGCUUUUUCUCCAUGGAACCACUAACGCAGCUAACUUAGCUAAGGCUAAAGCUACAUAAGCUCCAUAAACUAAGGUAAUGCAGCUACAUUGCUUAAGCAAAAUAGCUAGCCAACAAAGUCAUGUUGAUGCAUUUGCAUUUGCUCAAAAUACAUAGCUAUGUUAUCUAUAUUACUGCAUUAGCAUUAGCUACAUUUGCAAAUGCACCCAUAGCCACAGUUGCUUAUGCUGCAUAGCAGCAUUACUUAUGUCGCUAACAUAGCUACAUUAGCAUGGCUACAUUUGCUAAAGUUUAUAUAGUUGUAAUCUGUAGCCACAUUACAUUUGUAGCCAAUAUAGCUAAUUUAGCAUAAACUAUGUUUGAUUGAGCUAAAGCUAAAAUUUGCUUUCAUAGAGGCUAACAUUGCUAAAUCUACUUUAAGCGUGUACACUUAUGCUGCGUUCCAUUUACCUUGGAUUUUGGAGAUGGGAAUGACGCCAUACUCAAGUUGAAUGCAUUCCAUGUACUAUGAGCUCGUAAUUAGGGGUAGUAGAGGUUGUGCCAUCUUUCCAAGCCAGAGUAACGACUUCAGGGCACAUCUUUGAUGAUGUUAACACAGAAUUUCAGAGUUCCAAGAUUAAAAGGAACGUGCCAUUAGUAGGAAAUGUAGCUAAAGCUAACAUACAGUCAUGGACGAAAAUGUUGGCACCCCUGGAAUUUUUCCAGAAAAUACACCAUUUCUCCCAGAAAUUGUUGCAGUUACAAAUGUUUUUGGCAUAC